UAAAACGACGAGCGGCUGUCAAAUGAGCACCAUUGUUUGUGACGGCGGCGGAAGUGCGAGCUUGGCGUCCUUGACAGACUUUGCUCUCGCAACCUGACGCUGUUCAAAAAUGGAUGCCAACGAGAGAAGAGCAUGAAAUUGCAAUUCUCCAAAAGAGGAAAAUGUAGCCGCAGCGUUCUCGUAACCGCCCUGUAUUUAACCACUCUGUUGUCUGCAGUCGUUGCGCCAGAAACGGGAGCUUUUAGUGGCUGCGUAGAUUGUAAUGAUGACCUUUCGACCGGCUUUGAGGUUCAGAUUGAGAGCACGCAAACAUUGAGAUUGAAGAGCAUAUCAAAAGAAAUUCACGGCAGGAAUGGAAAAGGUCGCAUACUGAUUAAAAAGAAUAGGAGACGCUCGUUUUCGGCAGAUCAAAGCGGUGCCGUAUAUAAACAACACAAAGCAGAAGCAACCCCAUUAAAAAAUUCAGUCAAAAUAUUUGCAAAAGAGAGAAACAAAGAAAUCGGUGCAAACUUUUUAUUUCAAGGCAAAGAUGAUAACAAUGCCAUCGAUUACAAAAAGGGUAUCCCUGUGAUUGUGGAAAGAGGUAUUAAUUUGAAGCGCUCCGUGAAAAAUAAGAAGGCAAGGCCAAGGCGCGGCGCAAGUAAGAAAAAAGCUCCCCCAUCUGACGAGUUUGGAGAAGACAUAAUUGGCGAAGUAGGAUCAGCAAAAUACGGAAAAAUUCAACAAGUGCUGAAAAUUCAACCAAAGCAAGGAAAUAAGCAAAGAGGCGCCAACGCCAAGAGAAAUAGAGGGAAUGCAGCGCUUGGAAACUCGCAGCAAAAAGCUCCUGGAAAAAAUAAUUAUUGGUCAAAAAUUAAAAAUGCUAAGGAAACAAGCAAUAGGGCGCCAAAAAGACCUAUUAACUCAAAUGGUUCUCCUAAUAACCAGCAGGCCCAAUAUCCUAACUACGGAAACUACGGAAAUCCACCCUCGCAAGAUUACGGAGGUGGUGCAUCACCUGACUAUUCCCAAUAUGGGGGCAACCCUAAUUUCAAUGCAAAUCCAAAUGGAAAUUCCGGCCCAAAUUUCAACUACCCCACGGCAAUACCAUCAGAUCUUACUACGAUGUUGUUCACCUUCAAAGGCAAGAGGGCUAAAUCUACACCCACUUGGAGAGUCCCUGUAUACGGAGUGGACACGCAAACGCCUUCAAGGCCUUACUUUCAGGGUAGUGGAGGCUCAAAUGAUUAUGGGGGAAAUAGAGGUUCGUCAAAUACAGGUGGAGGUAACUCUAAUCAAGGUGGAGUGAAUUUCAACCAACAGGGUGGGAAUAAUUUUAAUCAGGGUGGAAACAAUUUUAAUCAGGGCGGAAACAAUUUUAAUCAGGGCAGGAACAAUUUUAAUCAAGGCGGAUCUCCAACUGGUAAUAAUAAUGGGCAGGGAACCCGUCGACGCAACACUGGGGGCCAGGGCGAGCGAGAAGACUUUCUGCCAAAGAACGGGACUAAAGUGAACCGCAUUCGCAAGCGUUUCCAGUACAUGCAACUGGACAGUCCAAACGAGAUUCUGGUCGCUUGGCCGUUCACAAACCCCACAAUUAAUCCUAAUAAUCCGAACAGUGGAGGAGUUAAUAGUUUUGUGACGGUGCUGGUGACCGCAUUUCCCUCGCAGGCAGCCACCACAAAAAAAGUUACUGUUCCUAAAGUAAAUGGCGAAGUGAAAAACAAAAAUCCACCAACAACUAAAAUUCCAAAUCCAAAACCGACACCUUUACCCAAAACAACAACCACUAAAGGGACGACGACAACCACACCUACAACAACAACAACCGAGAUGGAGUUCACAGAGGAGACGAUUAACGGCAGCACCAAAGGCAUGGCAGUUGACAUCGACCGAUUUCAAGUUCCCUCAGAGCAGCCGAUGUCAAUGGCGUUCAAUAUUGAUGAAGAAUUCACAGGGGUGAUCAUCACAGAUUUUGUUACCAGCUCGAGGCGUGGAAAACCAAAUGAUGACUCUGAGAAGUUCAACAUGAUGGAGGGUGUGCUGAAGGGGAUUGUGCCCACAGCGCCGCCGACCGAAGCUGGCAUAUUGGACGAUGUUUUCAAUGACAUCCUCAAAGGCAAUAAGGAGGCCAUUGCCAAAGAGACAACACGUACCACAACAACGACAAAACCCACCUCAAAAUUGACAACAAAUGCUCAGUCACCCUCCACAGUUCGAUCUGAUGCAGCUGCUACUCCACACUCUAAUUCAACGGUCCAACCAAGUGAUGUCACUUCUAUGUCCAAUUCAACUGUCCUACCCAGUGGUAGCAAUGCAAGCUUGGCAGUCACGCAGCCAGCGACUUCCACAGUCGGUUCGACAGCACCUGGUGGCACAAAACCUAUGAAACCUGCUGUAACAGAACCAAGCUCUGAUAUUUUUUAAAAAAACUAUUUUUAUAUAUGAUUCAUUUCUCAGAUUUUAAUAAGAAUAUAAUGUGCAAUAAACACAAAGCUUUCUCUAAAUAAAUGUACACGCACUAAUUAACAAUAAAGUUUAUCACCCGCAUUCAGCAUGCACUUAUUUGAUUCCUAAAAUAUAUAUUUAGACAUCACAAACAAGAUACUAUAUAAUAUGAAUAGAUAUUUUUGGCACACAUAAGUAAAAUACUAGUUAAAAAAGUAAACUGCUGCUAGAUGCAAACUUGUGAUUAGUACUAGGCUGAAGGUUGACCCUGUCGUUGCAGCUGAUGACAAAUUUGUGUUACCUUUUUGAAAGUCCACGAUGUCGUAAUUAAUAGAGGUCAACAAUGAGUGUGCAGGAGAGCUGACUAGUGCUCUGCGCAACUGUGACUGCUGUAGAAGUGACAACUCUCCAUAUCUGUAGAUGAACACAGUUUCCAGCGAAGAGAAAGAUAGCUUGCUGAAGUGAGUGUCAUUGAAUGUCUG